AUCAGUGAAGGCUUUUGCUCACGCGCUUCCCACAACAGUCAUGGCCGGCAUGAGCCUUCUGCGGACGGCGGCUGCUCUUACAGCCCGAUUAAACCCGCUGAAACGAUCGUGCCAGUCCGCCAAUCUGCUCUCCAGGACCGUUGCACGUUCAGGACAAGUUGUUGUCCGUCAUGGGAGCCAUGGGAAAAGGAUGUUUAUCAUCAGGUCCACUGACUUCUAUGACAAAAGAUUUCUUUCCUUGCUGAGAUUUUACGUUCUUCUCACAGCCAUCCCCGUGGCGGCUCUUGUGACGUUUGUUAAUAUUUUCAUAGGAGAAUGUGAGCUGACCGAGAUUCCCGAAGGAUACGAACCAGAGCAUUGGGAGUACUACAAGCAUCCCAUCACCCGUUGGAUUGCUCGUACCUUAUAUGACAGCCCAGUAAAGGACUAUGAGAAAAUGAUGGCACUUAUCCAAAUAGAGACUGAGAAAUCUGAAAUGAGACAACUAGAAAAUGAAGUCCGCCGACAAAUGAGAACAAAAGGAGAUGGACCCUGGUUCCAUAUUAAGACACCUGAUAGCCGUCUUAUCAACAACGGCAUCAAGGCAACCCCUGAUAACUAGGAGUGGUCAUGCGUACCUGUCCAAAAUAUUCAGUCAUUAUACAAUGUAUAAUGUAUAAUGUAUUGUUAUAAAUUAAAAAAAAACAUGUUUCUUUUUCUUUUUUUUGCCUCUCGCACCAAUAAACUAAGGAUUAUAACUAG